GGCGGAGGGCGCGGAGCGGAGCGGAGGUACCGGGCACAGGGCGUGGGCAGCCUCGGGGCCACACCGAUGUUCGCUGCGAGCAGGCGGCGGGAGGGAGGCAGGAGGCGGCCCGCGGCCCCGAGGGCCAUCCCGGCUCCCUGGUGAUGGCACGGACCGGCCGCUGCUCCCGCAGCCUCUCCCAGCCCCGCUCCCGCCCCCGGAGCCCCGGCGCGACGCGGAUGCGGAGCCGCUCGUAGCAACCCAGCCAUGGCUGGAGAUUCGCGGAUCUUCAUGAGCCAGGACAUGGACGUCGGGGUGACGUCGCGGGAGCCCAAGAAGGUGCCCAAGCAGGCUCGGGACGACGUCCCCAUCGCCACGGACAGGACGCGCCUCAUCUCCGCCGAGGGCAAGAAGCCGCGGCAGCGCUACAUGGAGAAGAGCGGCAAGUGCAACGUGCACCACGGCAACGUGCAGGAGACCUACCGGUACCUCAGCGACCUCUUCACCACCUUGGUGGACCUCAAGUGGCGCUUCAACCUGCUGGUCUUCACCAUGGUCUACACCAUCACCUGGCUGUUCUUCGGGUUCAUCUGGUGGCUCAUCGCCUACAUCCGGGGAGACCUGGACCACCUGGAGGACGAGAACUGGAUCCCCUGCGUGGAGAACCUCAGCGGCUUUGUGUCGGCGUUCCUGUUCUCCAUCGAGACCGAGACCACCAUCGGCUACGGCCACAGGGUCAUCACGGAGAAGUGUCCCGAGGGCAUCGUGCUGCUCCUGGUCCAGGCCAUCCUGGGCUCCAUCGUCAACGCCUUCAUGGUGGGAUGCAUGUUCGUCAAGAUCAGCCAGCCAAAGAAGAGGGCGGAGACCCUCAUGUUCUCCAACAACGCCGUCAUUUCCAUGAGGGAUGAGAAGCUCUGCCUCAUGUUCCGCGUCGGGGACCUCCGCAACUCCCACAUCGUCGAGGCUUCCAUUCGAGCCAAACUGAUUAAGUCCAAACAGACCAAAGAAGGAGAGUUUAUUCCCCUGAAUCAAACGGACAUCAACGUGGGAUUUGACACCGGAGACGACAGGUUGUUCUUGGUGUCCCCUCUCAUCAUCUCGCAUGAGAUCAAUGAGAAAAGCCCCUUCUGGGAGAUGUCCCGCACACAGCUGGAGAAGGAGGAGUUUGAGAUUGUGGUCAUCCUGGAAGGAAUGGUGGAAGCCACAGGGAUGACUUGCCAGGCUCGCAGCUCCUACAUGGACACCGAGGUGCUGUGGGGACACCGCUUCACCCCCGUGCUCACCCUGGAGAAGGAUUUUUACGAGGUGGACUAUAACAGCUUCCACAGCACCUACGAGACCCACACGCCCGCCUGCUGUGCCAAGGAGCUGGCCCAGUCCCGCCGGGAAGGGCAGCUGCUCGGCCACCUGCCUGGCCUGGGCCAGGACACAGGGACAGCCAGGGAGGAGCAGGAGCAGGAGCAGCAGGAGGAGGAGCAGGAGGAGGAGGAGGAGGAGGAGGAGGAGGAAGGCAGGGAUCCAGCGGGACAGAGCGGAGCCAACGGGACAGCGGGACAGGGGAAGGAAGAGGUGCCUGUAUAACCCUGGGGCCGCUGGAGCAGACACCCACGCACCCUGCCGGGACCUGACUGGGAGCCAGGACCUGGCUGGGAGCCAGAGCUGGGACUCGUGUCCAGCUCUGCUGCCUGCUGCUCAUCCUGAGAGUCACUGCACUGCACCGUGCCUCAGUUUCCCUCCCUUUUCCUGAGGCUCUGAGCUUUGCCCUCCUCUGCAGAGCGUCUCAAUCUCCAUGGACAAGGCCCACUCUUCUCGUCACUGUCAAAGCCGAAAUUCCCACCACUGGUUGUUCCAUUGGACUGCAGAGCUCUGCCCCUCUUGAGAGGGUGUUUAACCAAUCCAGGAUGUCCCGUCUCAGUAUGAGGAAUGUGAUUUCAUACCUUCACUUAAUUUGUGAGUCAAUGUAUCGUAGACAUUG